CGCCUCUUUCGCAGCCGCCAAGUUCGUUUACCCAGCUACUGGGACCUCACGACGCUUUGGAAACCAGAAAAAUGCUGUCGUCCUCACUGCGCCGGGCGGCCUGGGCUCCCAUUGCCCCUAUCUCAGGUGUCACACGCGCCUCCAGCCAAACUCUCACCACCUCCGCGAACAACCUCACCGGCUCAACGCAGCCUGUGCGUCAACGGCGCUACUCCUCCUCCUCGUCCUCGAAUCCUAGCGAUGGCGCAAGGAAACUGGAGUUGGAAGUGAAUUCAGGGAAGUCGACCCGUCGGAGUCGCAAGGACAAUAUUCGCACCGGCUCCAAGCAGCAGCAGCAGCAGCAGCAGCAGCAGACGGCGUUUUCCCGACUGCCCAGUGUUCCCUCGACCCAGCACCUCCUCCCGCAUGAUGUCCAGGUCGCCUCCUUCUUCUCCAUCCACCGUCCCAUCUCCGUCUCCUCCAGCGUGCCCCCGACUUCCACCUCCGAAGCCUUCGACGCCAUCUUCACCGAGCGCAAGCCCGCCGUCGACGAUGUGAUCUCCACGCUCUCGUCCGCCGUCCACUCUAUGGAAGGCGAAGACGACCACAACCACUACCAGGCCGUCCUGCAGGAAUUGACCGACCGGAGUUUUCUCCAGCAGGGCCAGCAGGGCCAACAGCUGCAGCACCCCUCUCAGACCAUGAACCUGACCCUUUCCAUUGAGGAACUCACCAAGCGCCUGCGGCCCUUCCACCCCCCUCCACCCCCGGUCCCCAUGAACGAGACGUCCGCCAAUAACAAUGCCUCCGAGCAGCAGCAGCUCCUCCCCCAGACGAUGACGAAUACCACGGAAACCUACUCCGCCGUCCUGACCAUCCACGAGUCCACCCUCCCCGAUGGCCGCAAGACCUACCAGGCCCACGCCGGUCCCUUCAUGCCCACCAAGGACAUGGGCGUCCCCGGGGGUGCGCAGGCGCCGCCCGAGAUCGUCGAGGCCUACAUCGAUGUCGUGGACCCCUCCGCGCACCCGGAGCUCAGCUACAUCGACCAGCCGGAUCAGCAGAUCAACGGCCCCAUGCAGGCCAUCAGCACAAAGAGACGUCGUCGGUUGAAGAUGAAGAAGCACAAGUUCAAGAAGUUGUUGCGGAAGACGAGAACCUUGAGGCGGAAGUUGGAGAAGUCUUAAACGAGGCUUUAUGCUUCCUCGAGACGUGUUUUGCCUCUUGCCACUUACUUUUGUGUCUUUGCUUGAUUAAUCCGGUCUCCCUUUUUCCGGUGUUUCCCCCACAACUUUUCGAAAGCAACUCUAACCUUUGGUUUUCUCUAAACAUCUUCCGUUUUCUUUUCUCUUAACUUGCAUGCAUCUUAUCUCCCUCUCCAUCCACCGAUCGACCAAUCAACCAAUCCAACCGACACUUAUAGACAAUACUAUGUGACAUAUUAUCUUUAUUCUCAGUUCUCAGCCGGUUAGGUUUGUGUAAUC